UGUUCUACUAUUGGAGAGAACACUCUAGCUUCUUGUCAUCAACCUAAACCAACUCGAACUGGAUUUUACUCUACGGUCACAACCCUCAACUAUAUAUAGCCUCUUCACCCUUCUCUCUUCCUUCAUUAUUCAUAACAUCAAAAUCAUUCAUUAAAAGAAGAAGGAGAAUGGGUCGACGUUCAAAGGAUUUCAAAAACUUGGCAUUCUUGAUUUUGCUUCUUUUUGUUUCAGAGUUUUGCUUAGAAGUAACACUAGCAGCUGAGAAAAAUCAGAAACAGAAUCUUGGAACAGUGAUUGGAAUUGAUUUAGGGACAACAUAUUCUUGUGUGGGUGUAUACAAAGGGGAGAAUAAUGUCGAGAUCAUAGCGAACGACCAAGGGAAUCGAAUCACCCCUUCAUGGGUUGCAUUCACUGAUACAGAAAGAUUAAUUGGAGAAGCUGCAAAGAAUCAAGCAGCUCUUAACCCGGAACGUACAAUAUACGAUGUUAAAAGGCUCAUUGGAAGAAAGUUUGAUGAUCCAGAAGUUCAAAAAAUUAUUAAGAUGUUGCCUUUUGAAGUUGUGAACAAAGAUGGCAAGCCUUAUGUACAAGUAAAGAUUAAAGAUGGUGAGGUUAAAAAGUUUAGUCCAGAAGAAAUUAGUGCUAUGAUCUUGCAGAAAAUGAAGGAAACAGCUGAAGCAUAUUUAGGGAAGUCGAUUAAACACGCUGUCAUCACCGUUCCAGCUUAUUUUAAUGAUGCUCAAAGGCAAGCAACUAAGGAUGCUGGCGCGAUAGCAGGGUUGAAUGUAGUAAGGAUAAUAAAUGAGCCUACCGCGGCUGCAAUAGCUUAUGGAUUGGACAAGAAAGGGAAAGAGCAGAAUAUAUUGGUGUAUGAUCUUGGUGGUGGUACAUUUGAUGUUAGCAUACUUAGCAUUGACAAUGGUGUUUUUGAGGUCCUAGCAACCAAUGGUAACACUCACUUAGGAGGAGAGGAUUUUGAUCACAGACUAAUGGACUAUUUCAUCAAGUUGAUUAAAAGGAAAUAUAGCAAGGAUAUUAGUAAUGACAAGAAAGCUCUAGGAAAACUCAGAAAGGAAUGUGAGAGAGCUAAGAGGGCCUUAAGUAACCAGCACCAAGUACGCAUUGAAAUCGAGUCUCUUUUCGAUGGUAUUGAUUUCUCUGAGCCAUUAACAAGGGCAAGAUUUGAGGAAUUGAACAUGGAUUUAUUCAAGAAGACAAUGAGUCCAGUCAAGAAGGCAUUAGAGGAUGCAAAUUUGAAGAAGACGGAUAUUGAUGAACUCGUGCUCGUUGGUGGGAGUACUCGAAUUCCAAAGGUGCAACAGCUAUUGAAGGAUUUCUUUGACGGGAAAGAACCUAACAAGGGUGUUAAUCCGGACGAAGCUGUGGCUUAUGGAGCUGCAGUACAAGGAGCAAUUCUUGGUGGUGAAGGAGGGGAAGAGACCAAAGAUCUUUUGUUGCUUGAUGUGACUCCGUUAAGUCUGGGAAUUGAGACAGUGGGUGGGGUUAUGACAAAGUUAAUUCCCAGAAACAGUAGGAUUCCUGUCAAGAAAACUCAAGUUUUCACCACCUAUCAAGACCAACAAACAUCUGUAUCAAUUAAGGUAUAUGAAGGUGAAAGGAGCUUGACAAAGGAUUGUCGCGAACUUGGAAGCUUUGACUUGUCUGGUAUACCUCCUGCUCCAAGGGGAGUACCACAGAUUGAGGUAAGCUUUGAGAUUGAUGAGAAUGGAAUUCUACAAGUGACAGCACAAGACAAAGCAGCUAAGAAGUCGAAAUCCAUUACCAUCACUAGCGACAAGUCACGUCUAAGCCAGGAAGAAAUUGACAGAAUGUUGAAGGAGGCAGAGGAGUUUGCAGAAGAAGAUAGAAAGGUAAGGGAGAAGGUGGAUUCCCGUAACAAGCUUGAAACGUACGUUUACAACAUGAAGAACACAAUCAGUGACAAGCUCGCGGAGAAGAUAGAUUCUGAUGACAAAGAGAAGAUUGAGAGCGCUCUUAAGGAAGCUAUGGACUGGAUGGAUGAUAACCAAAACGCGGAGAAGGAAGACUAUGAUGAGAAAAUGAAAGAGCUGGAAGAUGUAUGCAAUCCUGUCAUAAGGCAGGCCUAUGAGAAGAGUAGUGGAAGUUCUGCAAAUUCAGCAGAUGAUGAGGAGUCUUACGAUGAAUUGUAGAUUGAAGUGCUAAGACAUUACUUAUUUUUGGAUUACUAGAUUGUAGAGUGAAACUUUCCUUCUUCUUUUUCCUUUCUUUUCUUUUCUUUUGAUCGUAUGGUGGAACUUAUAACUCAUUUUUUGGUUAUUUUAUUUAACGUUCACUA